CAAAGAGUGGAAUGCGUGUUAGAUCUUGAAGACAGAAACGUGUCAUCAUGGGAAUGGACAACGUGGUACAUGUCAUAAAUGUUCCCAACACCUUUGAGAUUUCUUUUACUUUUCUAGUUUUAUGCAUACAUUAACCUUUCAACACAAUCACCAUUAUUCACGUCACAAAUCUCACAAAUCGCUUCCACUUGACGCCAUUCUAUUUUUUUCUCUUCCCACCCUUUCUUAUCUACUAUCUGCAUCUUCUUCUUGCCAUCACAAUUUCUAACGCGUUGAGCCAGCUAGAGUCUGAAAUGGAGAACGGUGAUCAGUUCCAGGGGAUUUCCAAUGCCAAAUACGAUUGUCUUUUAUUUGAUCUUGAUGAUACCCUUUAUCCAUUGAGUUCUGGAUUGGCUGAGCAAGUGAGGAAAAAUAUCCAGGAGUACAUGAUUCAAAAGCUUGGGAUACCAGAGGCUAAAGUUCCUGAAUUGUGCUUUUCUUUAUAUAAGACUUAUGGUACAACCAUGGCUGGUCUCAAGGCUAUUGGCUAUGACUUUAACUAUGAUGACUUUCAUAGCUUUGUUCAUGGUAGAUUGCCAUAUGAUAUACUGAAACCUGACCCUGUUCUGAGGGGAGUUUUGCUGAGCUUGCCUGUUAGAAAAAUUAUUUUUACGAACUCAGACGAGGCCCAUGCUAGUAGAGUGCUUCGCAGGCUUGGAUUGGAGGAUUGUUUUGAAAGAGUUAUAUGCUUUGAGACCCUGAAUUCCUCCAAUGAAGAUGGCAGUGAAUGUAAACCAAAUUCCACUGGGGUUUUUGAUUUUUAUGAAUACAUUCAUAGUCCUGAUUCUGAUGUAGUGCUUCCGAGGACCCCGGUUGUAUGCAAACCCUCUCAAGAUUCAUUUGAAAAGGUUUUCAGUAUGGCAGAUAUAGACCCUCGAAGGACAUUAUUCUUUGAUGACAGUCUCCGCAAUUUACAAUCGGGCAAAUCCGUAGACCUUCACACAGUCUUGGUGGGAAAUUCUGUUAGAACUACGGGAGUGGAUCAUGCCCUAGAGAGCAUCCAUAAUAUGAAGGAGGCAUUUCCAGAACUGUGGGAAAGCGAUGAGAAGCCUGAAAGUGUGGAGUGUUGUAGAAAGGUUUCGAUUGAGACAUCAGUAGUAGCUUAACUUACACUUCCAAGUUCUGAGAAUUUGUGGUCUCUGGUAUUGUACUGUGGUUUGAUGUUGAUUAAUGUUAUUGGAGAAUUUUAUAUAUUUAUUUCAAACAAUAGGCAAAGUUAGUAUGUUUUGAAGACAGACGAAAACUCCCAAGAGAACCAUGCUUCAAUUAUAAUCUGCGUGCAACCCUUAACGCCAAAAAUCCAUACAUUACAGAAAUGUGUGAUUAUUAUCCACACAGAAAUGCUAAUAAUAGACAAAUUCUUGCGAAUA